ACAGACAGUAACCUGAGCUCGGGAUCUAACCGGGGAUCCUGGAGCUGCGAGGUGGCAACGCUGCACCACCGUGCCGACCCGAGAAAGCCACAUAUCCAUUUCCUCCAUCGAGUGUAUAGCAUAGAAAUGCUGCCUUCAAACGCUAUCCGACCUCCUGACCUCCAAGUUUCAUAUAAACAUCCCUUUCUUCUUGGUUAUUGGUUAUAAGUGGAAGAUUUGGAAAUUAUUUUGAUUCAAGUUGCCAGCUUGUUACUGAUCUUUGCCCUUUCAUGAGGAUAGUUUGAGUGGUCAGGUGUGAAUAGGUCAUUAUUUCUGUAAAUAUAGGUAACACAAUCUGUGCAAUUUUUCAUCCGAAUUUUGCUGUUGCAGACAAAAACAAAUCACACAUCGUGAAAAGAAAUCUAUGGUCAUGGGUUGCUCACUUGCGGACAAUUUAGUGCCAAUGCGACCGAAGACAGCGGCAGUGUUCUGGCAGUGUCAGAAAAUCUUGGCGUUUGAACGCUGCUUUGAUGCUUAUCUAAAAGCCACCGACUGGAGGAUGACAUACUGUGAUGCAAAACUCAUGCAGCAACUACAAAUAACAACUAACAGGCAUUCAUGGCAUAAAAUAGUCUUUUCAUCCUUUCCAACGAGACUGUGAACAUCUGGAGUCACCUGCUCGGGUUCUUCCUGUUCUUCUCACUGGGAGUGUACGACAUGAUAGCUGUGCUGCCUAUGGUCGGAGCCUCCAGAGAGGAUUAUGUCAUCUACUCUAUAGGCCUCUUCUGCUUCCAGGUGUGCAUGCUGUGCUCAGUGGGAUAUCACCUGUUCUGCUGUCAUCGCUCUGAAAAAACCAGCCGGCGCUGGAUGGCACUGGACUAUGCAGGGAUCUCUAUCGGAACGUUGGGCUGCUACGUUCCAGGUGUCUUCUACGCCUUCUACUGCAAUAACUACUGGCGGCAGGUGUAUCUGAUUAUGGUCCUGGCAAUGACACUAGCGGAGUUCUUUGCCCAGAUACACCCCCUUUACUUGACUAAGAAGUGGCAGAAGCUCCGCUCAGUCAUCUUCUGCUCUGUAGUGGCCUACGGCCUCAUCCCUACCGUCCACUGGAUCUGGCUUAGUGGAGGCUUCAGCUCAGAAAUAGUGCAGGACUUUAUUCCCAGAGUGCUCAUAAUGUAUCUGCUUGCUGCAGUUGCCUUCAUCUUUUAUGUCUCCAAAGUUCCAGAGCGCUACUUUCCAGGUCAGCUGAACUACAUCGGCUCCAGCCACCAGAUUUGGCAUAUAUUGGUGUUGCUCAUGUUUUACUGGUGGCAUCAGUCUGCACUGUUUAUCACUAACUACAGACACACACACCCCUGCCCUGACUACCUCCAGCAUGCUUAGGGCAGAAGGAUCAGCUCUGAGAAAGCAGCACAACUGGAAUAUGAAUCAUAAGAGAGGGACUUUGUUUAACGCACAGCUUUUUUGCCAAGUGAUUGUAUUUCAGGUGAGAUUAUCACUCCAUUGCUAAUGCUAAUCAUGACUACAGGUCAUUUUGAUCACUAUGAGAGUCUAUAGUGAAUCUCAAAUGUAUUAGCUUCUUUACAUGUUAAACAAUUUGUUUUUUUGUAAAUAUUGUAGAAGUGCCUAGCAAUUUCAUCUGAUGCACUUUAAUUUUAAAGUGCACCAUAGGACCAUGCACUACUGUAGAUGAUGAGAAGAUGGGAAGUACUUUUACAAAAAUACAACCAACUUUCAAGUAUUCAUUAGUCAAGCUGGAAUCUUAUAUCUGGGCCAUAAUGAAUGACAGUUGAUGAUAACCUUACUUUUAUCAUCAGUACUUUAUAUAUUAUUAUAUAUUAUAGUUGAGAAAUGAUGAGUCUGUUCCACUAACGUUGAGUGGAAUAUAAGAGAAUAUACACGAAAAUUGUGAAUUUGUGAUUUUGUUAUCAGUAAACUACCCAGUGGUAUUUGGAUAUCAUACCAAAGAUUUGAUGCUGCGACAGUGGAGACUAGAAACAUCACAACAAAUAAAAUGACCAGCUGUUAGUACACUGCGAUUUAAAUUUGGGAAAGUUGUCACUAUUAUCACUUUUUAAAUAAUUUACUUAGUGUUUGUAAAACUUGACUGGGACAAAGUGCAGACUCAAAAAAAAAAAAAUUGUUGCAAUGCAAAAUGCAUAAUACAUGAGGUUCACUGUAGCACUAAAAUGCUGUGGUACUAAAAUAUUUUGUCUUUUUUUAAAGGGGUUGAACAAGCUAUAAUAGACACUGGGACCUCAAUAAAAAAAUGCAUUUUUUUCUUUUGUAUUAAUAAGCUGUCUGCCUUUUUACUGCAGAACUGUACUAUUACAGCAUUUUAAAAUUUAACUUCUUUUUCCUCAAUAUUUGUUGUACUUUUAAAAACUGUUGUUGAGGUGCAAUGUACUUUUUUUUUUGGUAAGCUUUAUUCACUGUGCAAAAUAAGUAAUCACCCAUAAUUUAUUUUCAGUGUUAGUGUAGUGUUAAGAGACUGCUGUUAUAGCUUCAGUCGCAGCUUGAUAGCACAAGUUUUCUUUUUAUAUUGCAAGAAGCCCUUGCCUUUGAGAGAUUUCCGUUAUUGAGGUUGUUAA